UGAAUUUAAUGGAAAAUUUCACCCAGAAAUUCUAUUUAAUUCUUGCCUUCUUCACUCUCAGUGCUGAUCUGAGGAAUGGAGCAGAGGUUCAAGCCUGGACCUACCAUUACAGCACUGAACCCAGCAGGGAAUGGAACUCAGCCAGGCAGUGGUGUCGCCAGCACUACACCGACAUGGUGGCUAUCCAGAACCAGAAGGAAAUCGAAUAUCUCAACAACAUCUUGCCUCGCAACCCUACUUAUUACUGGAUCGGCAUCCGCAAGCUGGGUGACGUAUGGAUCUGGAUCGGAACUAACAAGACUCUGACAAAGGAGUGUGAGAAUUGGGCUGCUGGUGAACCCAACAACGGUGGGAGGCAGGAGGACUGUGUAGAAAUUUACAUUAAGAGAGAAUCUGAAACUGCAAAGUGGAACAAUGAGAAAUGCAGCAAGAAGAAGGGGACCCUUUGUUACAGAGCGUCCUGCGACCUGGGGUCCUGCGGAGCCCGGGGAGAGUGUUUGGAGACCAUUGGGAACUACAGCUGUCUGUGUCAACCAGGCUUCAAGGGUCCACGCUGUGAGGAAGCUGAAGAGUGUGGCACCUUGGAGGCUCCUGUCCAGGGAUCGUUGCAGUGCUUAGACAUGUAUGGGCACUUUCGUUUCAACUCAUCCUGUGCGUUCAGCUGCGCUCUAGGAUUUAAACUUACAGGAACACAGUGUCUGCAUUGCCAAGCGACAGGCCGUUGGACAUCUGAGCCGCCAUCAUGCCAGGCUGUGAAGUGUCCAGAUGUGCUCAGUGCCCCCAAACAAGGACGCAUGUACUGCACAGACCCCUUUGAGACUCACAGCUUCAAUUCAACGUGUGAGUUCACCUGCAAUGAGGGAUUCCAGCUCUCUGGAUCCAGCGAAAUACUGUGUGACUCCGGAGGAAUGUGGACCGGCACUGUCCCAUCGUGCAAAGUUGUGGAGUGUGGUGCAAUCAUGCCUCCAUCCCAAGGGCGUGUGAUAUGUGAUGAUCUGCACCAGACCUUCAGCUUUGGGACCUCCUGCCACUUCUCCUGUGAGGAGGGCUACUCACUGGAUGGAGAUGCCACUGUAAAUUGUACAUCAUCAGGGAACUGGACAGCAGGAGUGCCUGCAUGUAAAGUUGUGAAGUGCCACGCACUAGUCACGCCCAGUCAUGCCUCACUGCAUUGUCAACACCCUGUGGAGGAUUUCGGCUACAGCUCCACCUGCUGGCUCGGCUGUGAAGUUGGUUUUGAUUUAAUCGGACAAAACUCCACCUACUGCACUUCACUGGGGUCCUGGAGUCACAAUCUUCCUGUCUGUAAAGCCCGGCAGUGUAAGAUUCUAACGGCUCCGCCUCAUGGCAUCCUGACCUGCUCCCACCCUCACGGAGAGUUCAGCUUCAAUUCCAGCUGUGAUGUGAGUUGCGAGGAAGGGUUCCUGAUCAAUGGGACAUCAACCACUCGCUGCAACUCCAUGGAGACAUGGACAGAGACCACUGCCCACUGCCAAGUGGUGAAGUGUGAUGUACCAUCCAUUCCCCAUCAUGCCUCACUGCACUGCCAGCACCCCAUUGAGGAGUUUAGCUACAGCUCCACCUGCUGGCUGGAAUGUGAUGAUGGUUUCAUGCCGAAGGGGGCAAACUCAACACAAUGCACCGCAGAGGGCAGCUGGAGCCACAGCCUUCCGCUUUGUGAAGUGGUGAAGUGCCCUGUAGCCGGAGCACCCUCUCAUGGCUCCAUGCACUGCCAGCACCCCAUCGAGGAGUUCAGUUACAGCUCCAGCUGCUGGAUGGAAUGUGAAGAAGGCUUUAUCCUGAGGGGGGCAAACUCAACUCAGUGCACCGCAGAGGGCACCUGGAGCCACACCACUCCGCUUUGUGAGGCCCAGCGGUGUGCAUCACUAUCGGCUCCCCCCCACGGCAACCUGACCUGCUCCCACCCCCACGGAGAGUUCAGCUUCAACUCCAGCUGUGAUGUGAACUGUGAUGAGGGCUUCCAGCUCAAUGGGAUGGCGACCACUCGCUGCAGCUCUUUGGGAAAGUGGACGGAGACCACUGCUGACUGUCAGGUGGUGAAGUGCCCUGUAGCCGGAGCACCCUCUCAUGGCUCCAUGCACUGCCAGCACCCCAUCGAGGAGUUCAGUUACAGCUCAAGCUGCUGGAUUGAAUGUGAAGAAGGCUUUAUCCUGAGGGGGGCAAACUCAACUCAGUGCACCGCAGAGGGCACCUGGAGCCACAGCACUCCGCUUUGUGAGGCCCAGCCGUGUGCAUCACUAUCGGCUCCCCCCCACGGGAACCUGACCUGCUCCCACCCCCACGGAGAGUUCAGCUUCAACUCCAGCUGUGAUGUGAGCUGUGAUGAGGGCUUCCAGCUCAAUGGGAUGGUGACCACUCGCUGCAGCUCCUUGGGAAAGUGGACGGAGACCACCGCCCACUGUCAGGCUCGACCAUGUCUCCCAUUGGAGGCUCCACCUCGAGGGCGCAUGAAGUGCUCCCAUCCCCAUGCCAUCUUCAGCUUUGGAUCCAGAUGUGCGAUGAGCUGCGAGGAGGGCUUUGUACUGAGAGGGGCCCCCAGCCUGCAAUGCACCGAGUCUGGGGUCUGGAGCAACGAGCACCCCUUCUGCGAUGUUGUGCAGUGCAUGGUGUUGGAGGUCUCGCUGCCGCUCUCGAUGAACUGCUCUCAUCCGCUGGGAAUCUUCCGCUUCGGCUCCCGGUGCUACUUUCGCUGCGGGGAAGGAUUCGUGCUGAAUGGCACCGGGGAAGUGUCCUGCGCCCACAGAGGGUCCUGGUCCGAACCCGUGCCUUCGUGCACUGUUUUGGAGAUAACAAUCGGAGAAGGCAUGCUGAUGUACAUGGGCAUAGGGUCUGCCUCGGCUGCUGGUCUGCUUCUCGUGGGUGGAUUGGCAUUCCUUAUCGCUCAACAUAUGAGAAGGAAAGCUUACAAAAAAUCUUUGAACAAGUCCUUAUGGGUGGAACACGAAAACCCUACGUUUGAGGACUCUUAAUCCGGGUGUCAGGAUUUUCUGAUGUACUGUUUUACAUUUACAUUUAUUCAUUUAGC